ACUCAGUCCCGUCCGCGACAAAAUCGGCCGUUAAUCGACGAUUAGUCGAGUGAUGUACCGCGCGCUUCCGGGAUCAUCGAAGAUCCAGCCGAGGAAUACGCGGCGAACGCGUGAAAAAGGAGGACGUUUUGGUUAGACGAACGAAACCGGAAGAAAUAUCAAGUGGAACGAGAAGGGAAAUCCAUCUGACACGGAAGGAACAUGUACACGCGCGGUUAAAGUGUUUAAAGAGAAACCCCCAAAAGUCCCGGUUUAAUAGUCACCAAUCAGCCUAAGACUCAAUCGUCUUCUCUUCCAAAUACGCUACCAAAGCGUUCUCCGAUACAAUCUUUGAGCACUCGAACGGCAAUAUUCGUAAUCAGGAUCGAAACAAUUGAUGCUCCGAGGGUGGUAUACAGAGAAAAGAAAGUCUGGUGCGAGUGCUUCGAGAUUUAGGGUCGUUGAAUGGAGCUCCAAUUCAUCAUGGACGGCGGCGCAGAUGCUCUGAACGGGACGAUAUGGUUUCCCAACACGCCGUCUCCGCCGUACGAGCAGCUGUCUCCUGUUCGUCAGAACAGAUGCGACGUCAUCGCCACCCAGCACGCGUCAAUGGGAUAUCACAGUCAGCAAAAUUGUUUCUGGCAGGACAAGUACAACUCGCCUGAGAACUCUCCGGAGGACGGUGUCCAGAUACAUUCGAACAGCGGAUCGCCCCAACAUCUGAGCCCAUCCACCGACCAUACCGCGAAUUGCCAGCUGACCAGCCUGAAACGACGUGCCGGGGAGCCGUUGCAGCAAAUCACAGAGCUCGAGAAGAAGCAUGCUAGAAGAGACGGAUCUGUCGGAAGCAAUGGUUCUGGACAAGGUUGGUCGACUCAGGUGGAGGAACUGGCAGAACAUCUUGCCGCCGAUUUCGAUGGAUCCCUAUCGGCACUUGCAGCAUCCGAUCUCGCGACAGCCGUCGCUUCUUACAACAUGAGCGAAGCCCUCCUCGCUCUGCCAUCGCUGACGGUCUUCAAGCAAGAAGCACCAUCGCCAGAAAAUCAACAAAAUUCCAACUUGAACCACGUGUCACAUAGAACGAUCGAUUCAGCGCCAGCGAACAACGCGAAUGGCACCGUCGAGGCUGACAGUAACAAUAAUGGACAAACGGCAGCCAGUCUCCAUCAGUUGCUGUACCCGUCCAACGAGGAGUAUCCUCCGACCUCUUCCUCGGGGAAUCACGUUUCCUCCUCCCAGCAAGUGAACGAACUCAACGAGGAUUGCCGCUUUCAGUGCGUUCUUGCCGCGGCCACGAGCAUCGCGACGAAAGUCAACGAGGAGACGCUCACCUACCUAAAUCAGGGGCAAUCGUACGAGAUCAAACUGAAGAAACUAGGCGACCUGUCCGCUUAUCGCGGGAAAAUUCUGAAGGGACAUCCGACCUUUUUGUUUCAGUCGACGAUACGCAUAUGCUUCCACGAGAGGCGACUUCAAUACACGGAACGGGAACAGAUGCUUGCUUGGCAACGCACAAGACCCGGUGAAAGAUUGUUGGAGGUUGAUGUACCCCUUAGUUAUGGGAUGGUGGACGUAUGUCAACCGUCUCCGUCCAAUAAUAGCGUGGAAUUCAUGUGGGAUCCUACCAAGGAAGUUGGCGUUUACAUAAAGGUAAAUUGUAUCAGUACUGAAUUCACGCCAAAGAAGCACGGCGGAGAAAAAGGCGUGCCAUUUCGAAUCCAAGUAGAAACACGGCUGCCAAGUGGACCACGUCUGCACGCCGCUUCUUGCCAGGUGAAAGUCUUCAAAUUAAAAGGAGCCGAUCGAAAGCACAAACAAGAUCGAGACAAAAUUUUGCGACGACCGCCGCACGAGCAGGACAAGUACCAACCAAGCUACGACUGCACGGUUCUUUCCGACAUUCCUUUAGAAUCUUUAUCGUCCACUUUGAUAGCACAGAACGGAGGGAGUCCUUACGCUUCGACGGAGGCAGUAUCACCCCAAUCUCGCUCGACCAUAAGCGGCAAUACUUCGCCUGUGGUUGCACCGUUGGCACUUUCUGUUUCCAAUCCCGGUAUCGUACCGCUGGUCCCUGCCUCGGACGCCGUCAAGGAAAACGUGGGAACAGCACCAGCUCUGCCAUCGCCCGCGGCACUCUUGCCAGAUCAGUCCUGCAUCAAAGCAGAAGUUAGUUUGCCCGCACAGAAUUCUGACAGCCCGCAGCAACUGGUACCGAUGAAAAUCCAAAGGGGAUCGUCGUAUUUGGCACCAUUGUCACCUGAUGCUACCGCGACUCAGACGAAUACGUGGCUCCGUGCCGGUCGAUUCAGCGCCUUCGAAUCAACGUUCGCGAGUUUCUCGGCCUCGGAUAUAUUGCGACUUUCUCGAGACGACUUGAUCCAAAUCUGCGGUCUGGUCGAUGGCAUCCGAUUAUUCAACGCGCUCCACUCGAAGGCGCCAAACCCGAAACUUACCCUGUAUUUCUCGCUGGAAGACAACGGUUCACUGUGGAGGGUCGCCUACUUGGACAGCUUGACUAGCAGCGCCUUGAUGAACAAGCUCCUGAACACUUUAAAGUUACCUCAUGAUCGACUUCAUUCUGUGCUCUUCCUUGGCCCCCAGGGUAUCCACGUUUUAGUUACCGAUGAAUUGGUAGCGAACAUGAAAAACGAGAGCAUGUACUUCGUUGAAACUAUCAAAGAUAACGCGAGCGAACGAUACAAGCUACUAUUGAAACCAUCGUCGCAUCCUUAAAGCGUACAUCGAUUAAUAAAUUAAUUGCAAAACUGGGUAAUACAAAUCUACCAUAGGUUUUACAUUGCCAAAUGCAUCUGUGAUUUGACGGAAAAUUGUUACAUAGGGAAGCAUAAGGGCGUUUAUUACGCAAACAUAAAUUUAAUAGAAUUUUAUCUUUUUCUAUGCGUAAAUUACGUUGGAAAUUUUAGGAAAAUUUUAGAAAAAUUUUUUGGAGUCGUUUAGUUAUUUCCCGAUACAAAUCGUACAGAUGAACGUACGUUUAAUUUUUAGUUAAUGUUAAAUAACUGCGCGGUCGUUUUUAAAUAAAUAAUUUUCUUUUUAACGGCGAUAGGUUCAACGAAUAUAAUGACUUGUUUGCAAACUAAAGGAAAAGAAGGAAAAUCAAUUCUUACUCUAUAUUUAAUACUCAUUAGAAGGUUUCAGUAUAAUCAUGUUCCGAAAGUUAUUUAUACUUUUGACAUUAAACAAAUGAGUUGUUUUCAGCAUUACAAAAAUACAUAUGUACAUAUAACAGAUAUAUAUUUUAUAUGUAUUACUUUACAUGGAAUUC